ACACACACACACACACACACACACACACACACACACACACAAUGAAAAUCCCCAUCGGCCUCAUCGCAACUCUCAUGAACUCAGCCUCAGCCGCCCUCGUAACGUACUACCAAAUCCAGCCCGCAGGCACCACCGACACCCUGCAUGCGACCGGGGACCUCCGCUUCUACCAAGCCAACGACUACCUCAACGUAUGGGCCAUCAGCCCCGUCGACGGCGGCGCCACCAUCAAGAACGCCUUCACCAAUAUCAAUUCGUAUAUCAGCUGUGAUGACACGGCGUGCGCGUCUGUUGCUCAGCAGCCGACAACCUUCACGUUCGAGGACGCUGGUGCGGGGGCAUAUAGGGUCUGCAACCCUGCGGAUGGACUUGUCUGGACCGCUGCGGACUCCACCAUCAAACCCGCCCCGGCUGAUGGCAGCCAAGCGCAGAAGUUUGUGUUUCAGCCGGUGCAGAUGACUGUGCCUCCUUAUUAAAUGGGAUGGGAUGUGCAUUUGCUUUAUCGCAUGAUAUGCGUAAAUUCCAAUGAAAGCUGGGGGAAAGCUUUGCAUGGAUAAAUAUAUCGC